AUGCAAUUGCUCAUCAUCGCUUCCGUAAUCGGUCUGUGCGCAUGCGGCACCCUACCGCAGUACAACAACUACAACCUACCACAGUACAGGCAGUACUACCAGGAACGACCCAGAGCUUCGCUUGAGAGAAACGCAGCCAUCUUGAGAUCAGUUUCAGAUGCCAAUGAAAAUGGUUACCACUACGCCUACGAUACAGAGAAUGGCAUCCAAGCUGAAGAAACUGGAGUAGAGAACAACGGGAUCCAGGCCCAGGGAGGCUACUCGUAUACCGGCGACGACGGUCAGGUAUACAGCGUCAGAUAUACUGCUGAUGCCAACGGCUUCCAGCCCCAAGGUGCCCAUCUGCCAACACCACCACCAGUGCCAGAAGCCAUCGCCAAGGCGUUACAGGAGAACGCCAGGGACGAGGCUAACGGCAUUUUUGAUGACGGCAGCUACCACGACGGCAAAUACGACGCUGGUGUUAUCGCGUCUCGGACCUACAACCCACAGCGAUUCGCAGCACCUGCGUACAGACCAUACCGCUUCUAA